CGUCAUUGCCGUGAUCCAGAUUACAAGUACCCAGCUCCCAUCCUUGACACUUUCCAGGUUUCGAGCGACUCCUCGUUGAAAACGAUCACCCUCCCCAAAAUGCACGUCCCUACAAUCCUGGCAACCUUCUUGGUCCUCGCCGGAAGCCACGUAGCCGCAUACAAUGACAACUGCAAUGGUUCCGGUGCAGCAUUUGCCUUGAUUCCUGGUGACUGCGAUAAAGCAAGAGACAGCAUCGAUGCCACUGCCACUUACAAAGACGGCAAGGAAUUCAGCAAGGGAACUUGUUAUGUGAAGUACGCUACCAAUGGCAGUGGCGACCAGCCGAUUAAGGGGCAGGAUAUUAUCAACACCAUGAAUAAUAUUCAGCAAAACUGCAACUCGAACGUUGGCAGCUACGGCACGGGCAAUUGUGAGAAGUGUCAUGUUACUAUCAAUUACCGGGUUCCCUAAUUCGGGAGUCGAGAUCUUACGGAGGGGGAGGAUCAUUUGGUGCAAUUACUGUAAAAUGACAUGGAAUUAUCAC